CGGACAUGAACAAAUUGUGCUGACCAUUUACGUGUUGUUGAUGCGAGCAUCUGGUAUCUUCAUGCAUGCAAAUCGGCGCCGCCGCUGAACGAGAUGUGAAAAUGCUUGCGAUCUUCACAGCAUCAUCAUCUGAAUGCAAGCAACAUAACAGCAAGAGGAGCAGUCGAUGCUGCUAUUUUCAGUGUGCGAGCAAUUCAUUCAGAUAAGCAAGCCUUUUGUCAUCUGCAGUACAUCAACACUAUCAAAGGUUAAACGAGUAUGGUGGUAGGGUCACUCAAGUGGAAAUUACAGGUAUUAUAGAGGGUGAAUUUCGGAGAUAAUAACAAUGUAUACGCGUCGCUCUCCGCUACCAGAUCAAGGAGAGUCGAGUUCUGGUAGCUCAACUUCCGCUGCAUCAUCUAGCUCAUCUGACCCAAGAUCUCCAUCCAAGCCGUCAAAAAACAGACAACCGCGACCUGAACUGUCGACCCCACUUCCCAUGGAAACGAUCCAAUCGUUCAAUGCAGCAUACAAUGCCGGGCCAGUUUAUAUCAGCGAAGGUUUAGGCAGCCCUGUUCAUGGUAGAGGUUCUCCGAAUUCUAGCUCCAGCGGCAAGUCAAACUCCCCCACACAUAGCCGGUCUAGCAGCCUCGGCUCUACCCACGGCAUGAGCAACAACUCCCCUCAGGCACAGGCGGCUAUGCAAGCCGCAGUCAUGGCGGGCCAACAUCAUGAAGAUAUUCGUCAUGGACAUGGUGGUGGAAACAGAGACAUAGUACACAUGGAUAUACACACUCAAAUAAGGGAAUAUCAGAGAGAUAAUGACAGCCUUCGCCAGGAGCUUGACAACAGGGACACUAAACUGAAUUCCAGCAUGAAUAGUAUCAAGACAUUUUGGAGCCCAGAGUUGAAAAAAGAACGAGCUUUGAGGAAGGAAGAAGCAGCCAAAAUACAGUCACUCAAAGAGCAAUGUCGAGUAGCUGUCGAAGAAAAUCAGCAUUUCCUACGGACAAUAAGGGAGCUGAAGGAGCAACUGCAGCAUCGGGAACACAACCUACGACACUCGCCCAAUGGGGACGUUACAAACGGUGGCUCCUCCUCACAGGGGACAGUCGGCCACCUGCAGCAUGAGGUGGACAGUCUUAGGACAGAGAGGGACAGGGUCUCCAGGGAGGUGUUCCUCCUCCGCAAGACCCUGGAAGAGAUGGAGCUGAGGAUCGAGACCCAGAAGCAGACUCUGACGGCCAGGGACGAAAGCAUCAAGAAGCUGCUGGAGAUGCUCCAGAGUAAAGGGUUAAACACCAAGAAGCUGGAAGGAGACCAGGAGGACAUGGACAGGAUGCGAUCCAAGGUGGUGGAAUCAGAGACGAGGGUCAUCAAGCUUCAGAAGCUCCUGGAGCAGAGGGACAAGGAGAUGGGCAGUUUCAUGAAUGAGAAUCGUGAUGACAAUGUUGGAUCAAGGUCAAACGGCACAGCGGGACAGACAGAUGACAGCAGCACAAGAUUAAAGAUCAAGCUUGACCAACUGAAAGGGAAGCUGAGCCUUAAGGUAGCAGAGCUGCAGGCCCUCCUGACUAAGUUUGAGGCAAUGAAACACAAAGAGCGAGAUCAACAGGCUCAUAUCAAUCUCCUCAAGGAAUCAUUAGCUGCCAAAGAACAACACUCUAGUAUUCUGCAAGCUGAUGUGGAGGCCCUAAGAUUUCGGUUGGAAGACAAGGAGCACCAACUAAACAAACAGGAGGUUGUCAUGACAACCAUUAACACUGACAAAUCCAAGCAGUCUUCAGAAGCUGAUGAGCUCCGAGAGAUGAAUGAACUCAAAGAACGAAAGAUAGUUGCACUCCAACGAAAGAAUGAGAGCUUUCUAGAGCAGCUGAAGGAGCGAGACAGUCAGACGUUGUCACUUCGCGAUCGCCUCACUGCUCUCCAGGCCGACCAGAGCAGCUCCGACAGCGCUGUGUCCAGUCUGGAGGACGCCCUCAUUGACAAGGACCGGACAAUUGAGAAGCUGAGGGCGGAGAAGGAGCAGGAGAUCAAAGAGAAGGAAGAAGCGAUCGGGAGACUGACAAAGCAGAUUGAGGAGCUCAAGAUGCAGACUGAAGAACUUCAGAAGAGCACGUCAGAAAAGGAGGCAUCUUUCCUUGAUCUGAAGGAGCAUGCCUCGACGGUAGCAUCAGGAGCCCUCAAGAAGGACUCCAGGAUCACCACCCUGGAGAUCCAGCUUGCUCAGAAGACAGAGGAGUUAAUCCAGGCUGAGAGUGAACUCAAGAAAAUGCAUCGUAGACUACAGGCGUUGAAGGAUGAGAAGGAGUCCAGCCAUGCCCAGGAGAUCCAGGAGCUGCAGGGAUCCGUGUCUGCGAUGAAGGAUGAGGUCCGCAAGUCGCAUGCAGAGGUCGACAGGCUCCUGGAGAUCAUGAAGGAGAUGGAAGGAGAGAAGAACGACAAGGAGAAGAGGAUUAAAGAUCUGGAGAGCAUAAUGAGAAAACAUUGCCCAGGCCAAUUGAAGGAUGCAAACAAGAAGCUGGUAGCUGUCAAGCGAGACCAGCAGACUCAGAAACGCAAGAAUGCUCAACUCCUGGAGGAUUCUAGGAGAAGAGAGGGAGAGCUCUCCUCAGAUACACACCAGCUACAGGAUAUGGUGAAGGAGAAAGAAGAUCGUGUAGAGGAGUUGGCUGAGGCUCUUAAAGAAAGUGUGACGAUAACGGCAGACAGAGAAAUGUUGAUUGCACAACAGACCGAAGCCGUCUCCAAGCUGAAAAAACAGCUUGAAGAUGUAAGGAGAGAACUGGAUGAAGUAAGGAAACAACUGUCUAUGGCCACCAACAAAAUUGCUACAACUCAAGUCCUUCUCAAAGAGAAAGAAAUCAAACUAAGAGCUGUACAGGCGGAGGGGAGGAAACAUCUAGAAGAGACUCUUUGUAUGAAACAAGAAGCUCUGACUGCAGCCAUUGGUGAGAAGGAUGCUCACAUCGCCCUCUUGGAGCUGAAUAGGAAAGGUCUCAAGUCGUCGGAAGAACUCAAGCUUCUAAAGAAAGAGAAGGAUGCUCUGGUACAGCAGCUCAAAGAUGAGACACAGAAGAGGAUGAAACUGCUUCACAACCACAACGAUGGUGAAAAAUCACCACACAUGGAACAUUCUCCCAUCACACCAGAACAGCGUUUUGCAGGACAGUUCCAUGGAGGGGUUCAUAGCGUGACUCUGUGAAGACUGGACGGCAAGCUUCAGAUAUUCCUCCAGCUCCAGUGUAUAAAGACAUAUCUAAUUUCUUCAUGGUCUUAAAAAUCAACUUGGAUAUGGAGCAAUACUCAUGUAAUAUGGAAGUCAUACUUUAAUGCAUUUACCCAGUUUGAAAGUAUCAUGAACAUAAUCAAGUCAUAGAAGGGAGGAUGUGGAACAGUUAAUAUUCUCUUUCAGAGGAAAUAUUGCAAUAUCUUUUAGGCAAUCAAUGAUAAACAGAGAAGCACUCUGCAGAGUGCAAGCGACAAAUCUAUAUUGUUUAUUUGGGAUUGGAGGUUAGAGCCUUCCAUGUGCAUAUGGUUUGUGAGCAAUCUUAACUUGGUGCUUUGUUAAUUCAAAUUUUAUCUAAUUCUAUAUGAAAAUAUUAAAUUUCAUAUGCCUCGUUGACACUUGCCCGCAUUUUGGUCCCGCACUGCCCCGCUCUGUUGCGUGCCAAUGCGUGCCAAUUAGUGACACGCAGGGUCACGUCUAAUUUACGAAUAGUUCACGCAAUGCGUAACCACCAGGACACGCAUUCGUAGACUAUGCGCAUGGCAUGCAAAAACUGCGCACGAAGUAUGCGCAGCCAAUGCGCAAAUUAGUCGUUAACUAGUCGUGAACAUGCGUGCCACUAGGCCAUAGGACAGGCAGCGGCGUGCACUGGCACAACUAGGCAGUGCAUAGGGUGCGCAUAGUUCACGCACGUUGCCAAACAAAAUUGUCGUGCCAAAAUUUUGAACAUUUUGAAAAUUCUGUCACGCAUUUCACGCACGGCCCGCAUCCGCCCGCAUCCUCCCGCACGCUACCACGAGUACUUCCCGCAUUGGCACGCAAGAGUAUGUGUCUAUGCGCAAACUAUGCGCAAACCAAAAUGCGGGCAAGUGUCACCAGGGCAUUAGAGUACUAGAUUAUCAGUGCAUUCCACACUCUUUUUUUAUGAAUUUUCUUCUUGAUCCGAGUACUUCAAAAUUGAUACAGUUCUACAAAAUGAUGUAUAUUCACUAAAUUUUGAAUUCUACAUUUUCAGGAGGUUUGUAAAGAUUCACCUCUUGUUUGUGUAAUAUAUUGUUACUUUCAAAGCAUUUUAGUGUCAGUUUUCUGUCUUAGAACUUUCCCUGAUUUGUGUGAGCUCUUUUAUGAUUGUUUGCGCUUACAUGAAGUGGCAUGAUGAGGAAAAUAUUAUUGAAUUAAAAAAAAGUUCAAUGCCUGCCCCCUCCCCCCUGCAUAACAGGGGGAUAAAGCAGAAAGCUAUGUUGAAAAGAUGUCAAAACAUUAAUUUUUGUUCUUCACUAAAAUUGAUGUCUUACCAUGAAAUAAUUAUAUCAUGUACAAUUCUUUUCUUAUAUUGUAAAUUCACAAUUUAUUGGAUACAUUUAAACAUUUUCUUUGUCUCACUUGUCUCAUUUAGUUAGUAAAUAUUGAUUUUCAUUAUCUGACUUAUUUAGGAAAGAAAGGGAAACGAGCUAAGUUAAGAAUAUAUUCAGUAAAUAACGGCCACCAUCCUGAGACCUGAGACAAAUGUAGCUGCACAAAGAGGGGAAAAAAGGGGGCAGGAUGUUAUCUUUGGGUCUGGAACUGACAUUUUUUCUUCGCUAAAUAUCAACCUGCACCCACUUCGCAUAUCACGGUCACACCUACAUAUGGGCUCCUUGGUAUCUAUCCCAAAUAUGGAAAUUAACGUUGACCCUUGACCUCACCCUUGACCCUCUGACAUUGAAUUCGCACCUGUGUAAGGUUUUAUGACGGUUGAUGUGCAAGUGUCAUUUUACCAAGGCACGUCAUGAUCACACGAGGGAGGGAGUUGAUAUAUCGUCUGCUUCAAAAGGGAGAUCGUUAUAUUUAAACAUGAAGUGGGAUGCAGAUUUACAGACUACUUCAUUGUUCAUAGCUCAUUUAGAUAUAUUUUUAGCAAUCAUGUAUAGCAUGGGGACCUUCUCUUGACAAUAUUACAAAGACUCUUUGUCUAAUUCUCACAACCAAUGUCUAUUUCUUACAUUUUUUCCGACUGAACAAACCGGCAACAAUUUAUUUGUCAACAUGACCAGCAAAUGAGAUCUGGUAAUGGUUACUAUUACAAAACCAUGGUUAUAGAUGGCUUUUUCAAACAUAUUUUUUUUUGCUCUUUAACUGAUUUAAUGACAUAUUUCAACACAAUGCUUCCCACCAACUUUUAUUUGUUGUUUAUCCCAUUGUAGGAAGAUAGGUUUUGAAGUAGAUAUUUUUACACGUAAGCUGCAUUGAAAGUGCAUUGGAGGGACAUCCCAUGAUAGUUGAUACUUUCUAUGUUUGUGCCUCAUUUUUCUCCUUGUAUUUUCUGAUAUCUCAGGUAUUGCGCUUUUUAAGAGUGGAAUAAUUGUUCUCGUCUUUAAUGAUUCCUAGAUUAGCUAAAGGUAGAAUAGACAGAGGCAGAUAAAUAGAUAUGAAACAAAUAAGUACAUAUUUUUGGCAUCUAGAAGAAAUUAUAGAAGAUUUUUUUUUUUUUAAUAAAUAUUUUAAAUCAAAUUUAGAUGUUGAUUCAUUAGAGAAGGAAUGCUUCUUUCUUGUCCAUUCUUGUGAUUUAUUAUCAUGGAAAGUAAUCAACUCUAAAUGAUUCAAAUCUUGCCAUUUUGUUUCUAUCUUUACAAUUCUUGAAAUGUUCAUUAAGAAAGCUUAUACUGUGAAACUAUAGGUCAUUUUUAUUAGCAUGCAGAAGAUGUAUAUAAUGUAAAAAAAUUGUGUAUGAUGUAUAUGCAUGGUCUUCUUGACUUCUGAAGAUUUGUAUAAAAAACAAUUGUUUAUUGCAUUCCAUACUCACUCAUAUUCUUAUCAAUUCUUAUAUCACAAUUAUAUCAUUUGAAUAGCUCAGCUUACAUUAACACUUAACAGUCAAUUCAUUAGAUAGAAAAUCAAAAGAGAGAAGGGAAAUUUUAAUUUGUAUAUUUUAGUUUCUGCUGCAUCUUAUUUUCACUUUCUUUUUUGCUGCAUGUUUAAGCAUUGACUUGUUAGGAUAUAUGUAAGAGCAGGUGUGUUUAGAGAUUUGCACACUAUGCAAUUGAACUAUGACCUAAUUUAGGCAAAGUCUCGCCCUGAACAGACAAUUUUUGAGCUAAUAAUUAUAAUAGAGGAAACAAUAACUGAAAUGUUGGUAUUUGAAAUAAGCAAAAAUAUAACGUAAUCUAACCCUUAAUUAUGGUGCUGUACAAUUUUGCUGAAGAGAUAAGGGUACACGAAAAACUUGAAUUUAGAAAUAUUGAAUGCUGUAUUCAUAUCUGUUUCGGGUAGCAGUAUACCAAUUGUCUUUAUGAGUUAUGUACACAUUUUGUAUUAGGUAUAUGAGUCUUGUGACAAACAACAUUGUCUCAUUACAUAUAAUUUUGAGGAAAAAUGCAUUAAUCCUCUUGAUGGAUUUAUCCAUUCUGUAUUAAUAUAUCAAUUUUGUUGCGUAUUACAUAUGCAGCAAUACUAGAGCGUGCCCUAUUAUGUAUAUUCAUGUAUAUAGAUAUAUCUCUAAUAAAUUUGACAUGGAAAAGAAGCAUUGACUAUCACACUUUGACAAAUCAGUAUUUGAAGUUACUGAUCUGCACAUACGUUUUUGAAUUAGUGAAUUUCCAUGCAAUAAUAAUAAUAUCUGAGCUGACAAAUGUAAUCGAGGCUAAAGGAAAAGAGCAGUGCACUUUGGAAUAAUUAUGUACAGAAGCAGGGCAUAAGGUGUAUAGUUGAUGCCUUUUUGUUUCUAAAUCUCAAUCGAUGGUAGAUUUUAUAUUACCAUCAUUGUUGGUACCAGUCACAGUUAUGUAAUAUUUACCAUGUCGAUCUUGUAGCAGAAAGAGACAGUGUCUUGCUAAAUAAUUGUGCCACACAUACAGUCAUAUUUGUUUAUUAAAUUAAUAUUCGUUAUUUGUGCCAUUCUUUCAGAGUGUUAUCUUUAUCAAUUUUAUUUUGAAUACCUGGAUAAAACAGAGGAAAGAGGUAUUGCGAACUGAAGAAAUUUUGCGAAAUUGCGUGCUAUUCCUGAAUAUUUAAAUUUCUAGCGAGAAAUGAUAUUGUUGCCUUCAUACAGUGUAAUAUAUAUAAAGAGAUACAGUGGAUGUAUUGACAGUUUGUGCAAGAAUGAAUGGUAGCACGUAAGACAUUGAGGAAAGUUUUUUUUUCAAAUUCAAAGAAGUACUUGUUAGUAUUUAGUUGUUAAUUGGUAGUCUUAUUUAUCUUGAUCAUUAGAUAUAUUUAUUCACUCAUCUGUACAAAUUGUAUAUUUGAUAUUGAUUAUAAUUAUAUUACUGUACUAUAAUAUUGUUGAACUUUGCUUUUAUUUCGAUGAGUACCUUUGUGUUUGGCUUACAGUACUUAUGAUUAUAUUAUUGAAAUUGUGAGGGGUUUCACAAUAUCUUUUUUUUUAAUGGCGAUUUGAGGUGCAAAUUCGCCAUGGGCAUGACAAUUUGGCAAAUUUCAUCGUUUCUUUUUGUUUUGUUUUAUAACUGUCAAUACUUUUGUGAAUGAUUGAAACAUUUUUAUCAAUGACUGAAUUUUUAUCAUGUAAAUGGAAUAGAACUUUUACCUUCCAAAUAUGUUCUCUAUUGUCAAGGAACACUUGAUGAACAUUGUUUAAUGUUUAGAAUCUUGUUCGAUUUUGAAUGUAUUAUGCAUCAGCCAAAUUAUAUGUUUGUUUGUAUGUCACAAUGUUUUGUGUCUAUAAACCUUCCCACUCAUAUUUGUAAUUUAGUGUACAUGUUCCGAACCAUUUCUUUUAAAUUAUAUCACAUUCACAUGCACUUCAAAAUUAUUUUUAAAAAUCUAAGGAAAGUUGCUGGUAACUGUAAUGUUACAAAUAUCUCUUAAACCAAAAAUGUAUAAUGUUUUGACUAAAGUUAUAAAAGGUAUUGGUAUGUUAAACUAUAAAUAAUCAGGGAAAUGACUUUCAGAGUGAGAAAACUUUAUUAAUGAAUUGUAUUUUCAUUUCUUUUAUGUCGGAAAAUAAAUAAAUUUUCCAACCACCCUUAUGAUACUGAAAUUUUAAAAGAUAGAUAAUGAACAAAUCAAAACCAUGAAAUUUUAUAGCGAAAAGUCCAAUUUUUAUGUACAGAAGAUUUUUCUGUAGGAAUUUAUUUCGCUAGCUUUAUGUUUCCUUCUUUCAAAUAUGGUCAUGGCCAAAAUAAUAGGAAACUAUACUUCUACCGUUCAUUUGAAAUUUGAAAUAUAAUAUUAUACAUGUUAAAAUUGUCGUCUAACACAUUAUGUGCACAAAUCAAUAUGUCAUACAAUAAAAAUGAAUGUAUAAAAAUAUUAAA